CUUUACCAUCAUCCUUGCACAAUCCAAACGUUGUCCAGGGAUCCAAUAGUAACGCUGGAACUUGUUCAACAGGGUGAUAUUCCAGACCUGAUGCUCCGGUUCAAAUAAAUAGUUUCGUGUGCUUGGUUCUUGUCUCGCCUGCUCUUUCUUCCCUACCAUCAUGACCGAGUUUAACCCAUCUGAUCAUCCUCAUCGUAGAUUGAAUCCAUUGACCGGUGACUACACACUCGUCUCACCUCAUCGCAUCAAGCGACCGUGGCUCGGUCAGGUUGAACCGCCCAUGGUGUCCAGUUUGCCACAAUAUGAUCCGGCAUGCUACCUCUGUCCCGGCAACACUCGUGCUGGAGGCCAUAAGAACCCUGAUUAUCAGCAGAUAUAUGUCUUUGAAAACGACUUCUCUGCGGUCCUUGGCGGACCGCUGCCAAUCGCCCCCGUAGCCCCCCAUCCAUUACUUGCGACAGAACCUGUCGGUGGUGGAUGUGAUGUUCUGAUCUUUGAUCGUAGACAUGAUUUGACUUUGGCACGAAUUUCAAUUGAUGGGCUGAAGCGAAUCAUCGAGGAGUGGAUUCGAAUCUACUACAGACGAGGCGCGGAGGAAAACAUCAAAUAUGUUCAGAUCUUCGAGAACAAAGGUAGUAUGAUGGGCUGCUCAAACCCUCACCCACAUGGACAGGCCUGGUCUUUGUCUGCUAUACCUUCGUACCCUGCCAAAGAGCUCGAAAAUAUGAAGCGGUACACGCUCACCGAUGUGCCUGCUUCUCAUGCUCCCAGGAUCAAGGAUGGUCAGUUGAGGAAGCCUUGUCUGCUCUGUGAAUAUGUCCAUGCAGAACUCAAUUGGACAGGCCCCGACGGCCGGAUAGUGUUCAAGAACGAACACUGGGUAGCCGUGGUGCCGUGGUGGGCGGUGUGGCCCUUCGAGAUACUCCUCCUUCCAUAUCAACGUCACAUACCCUCAAUCGCAGAGCUUACCGAAGAAGAGAAGACGGCGUUUGCCCAAAGCAUAUCUAUCGUUACCAAACGAUACGACAAUCUCUUCUCUUCUUCGUUUGCGUACUCGAUGGGGAUCCACCAGCGGCCAAUCCCACUGACUGCGGUCGCCACCAGCGAGGAUUCGUUCGAAGAGGCUCAUUUGCACUUACAUUUCACCCCGCCGCUUCUGCGAAGUGCAACUGUCAAGAAGUUUAUGGUUGGGUUCGACAUCAUGGGGGAAGCUCAACGGGAUCUUACUCCUGAAAUAGCAGCUACCCGUCUUAGAGAGUGUUCUGAUAUCCAUUACCUCGAUGAGAAGAAUAACUGACGUAGAGGCUGUUUAGAAAAUAGAGCACUGUCUGAUUAAAUCAUAUAAGUUACACCAGUCAUACACGGUU